AUGGCCAAUACUUCUCUCAAUUUCAUUACUUUUAACCAAGACCACAGCUGUCUUGCCGUCGGCACAUCCAAAGGCUUCCGAAUCUACCACACAGACCCCUUUUCGAAGAUCUUCAGCAGCGAUGACGGUAACAUCGCCAUUAUCGAGAUGCUUUUCUCGACCUCUUUGGUUGCGUUGAUCCUCUCACCGCGACAUUUAAUCAUACAAAAUACGAAGAGGUCAUCUGUCAUCUGCGAACUCACCUUCCCCUCAGCCGUUCUCGCUGUGCGUUUGAAUCGAAAACGCCUCGCCGUCGUGCUCGAGUCCGAAAUCUACCUCUACGACAUCUCGAACAUGAGCCUCCUCUACACAAUCCCCACCUCGCCGAACCCAGGUGCCAUAUGCGCUUUGUCACCGUCUUCAGAGAACUGCUACAUCGCAUACCCUUUGCCAAAGCCUCGAGAGGAUACUGGGGAUAAGAGGCCAGCUCAUGCGCCACCGCUGUCGACGUACGUGGCUCCGACAUCAGGAGAGGUUCUAGUGUUCGAUACCAUCACACUCAAGGCAGUCAACGUCAUUGAGGCCCACCGCUCGCCACUCUGCAGCAUCUCUCUCAACAGCGAAGGCACGCUCCUCGCCACUGCCAGCGAGACCGGUACCAUCAUUCGCGUAUUUUCCGUCCCAGGAGGGCAAAAGCUUUACCAAUUCCGCCGCGGAACUUACCCUUCCACUAUCUACAGCAUGUCAUUCAACCUCAGCUCCACGCUGCUCUGCGUCUCUUCAACCUCCGACACUGUCCAUAUUUUCCGUCUAGGCGCUCCGCCUCCGGGCAAUAACUCGGCUUCUGCUGCUGCGGAAUCUCCAGCUUCUCCAGGGAGGCAGGAUCGUUGGUCCCGAUCCCGCAGUUACGAUAGCGCCAAUGAAUCGCCAGUUGGCAGUGCUGCAGGUUCCCCGAGAAGCGAUUUGGCGGAGCCGACGGGGCCAAGCAAUGGCAGCAGCAACAACCAGCAGAUCAACAGGCGGCAAAGCGGCUCGUUCAGCAGCAUGCUCCGGCGCUCAUCGCAGAUAAUGGGUCGCAGUGUCGCCGGUGUCGUUGGCUCGUAUCUGCCCCAGACAGUGACGGAAAUGUGGGAGCCUCUGCGAGACUUUGCAUACAUCAAGAUACCAAAAUCCUCGAAUUCUCCAACGUCGUCGACCCGAGGCGGCACCCUGGCGGGCGGUUCGCAAUUGCCCAAUGGCCCUCUGCGUAGUGUGGUGGCUAUGAGUAGUAGUAGCCCCCAGGUAAUGGUGGUGACCAGUGACGGCGGCUUUUACGUCUACAAUAUUGACAUGGAGCAUGGUGGAGAGGGCUAUCUUGUGAAGCAAUUCUCGGUACUUGACGUGGAUGACAAAUUGGACGCGUCAUCUUAUGGAACUUAA